UUCCUCAUAGAAAAAGCAAUUGAAAAUUGAAUAUAUCAACAGUGCAUUAAAGCAACUUCUUGCUUAGCAAGAAAUGCAAAAUCCCAAAUCGAAAGCCAGUCUUUUACUUGGAAGCGAUAAUGUUAUUAUCUUCCCUGUCACGUGUACCCAAAACAAACACUUUGGAAGUGAGGUAGAGCAGUUGAGCUACUCUGAUCAGUUUUCGUUUUCUAAAGAAAACAAUCAGCUGUGUCCAGUCCACCAAUAAUCUGGUAGCCUGCGUCUAGAUAAUGAUCAUCCGGACAGUCAGUUUCUCCCAACAAAGUCUUAACCAAACAAAAGAGACUGAUAGAAUAUGUCGAAAGUGCAAGAUACAGAAGGGUUUCAUGUACUUGACAUAUCCUCAGGCAUAACUAAUUAAAGUAAUUCUUAA